AUGAGACUUUUGGCUGCUUCCUUCUUUGCUCUCUGGGCCGUGGGGAAUGCUGCACCGAGCAGCGUUUCCAAUCCUAAGGCCCACGUCCGCAAUGGUACCUACGUUGGGGUGAGAAAUGCGAAUUACCAGCAAGAUUUCUUUUUAGGUAUGCCGUAUGCCCAGCAGCCUGUGGGAAAUUUGCGAUUCAAAGUUCCCCAAUCUUUGAAUGAGAGCUGGGAGGGGGAGCGCGAUGCAAAGGAGUACUCAAAUAUCUGUGUCGGAUACGGCUCGGACUCUAUUUGGUAUCCGAUGUCUGAAGCUUGUCUCACCAUAAAUGUCAUCCGCGGUUCGUCGGUCGAUGAGAGCUCGAAGCUGCCUGUUGGUGUGUGGAUACAUGGGGGUGGAUUCUACAUGGGCUCAGGCUCUGACGAGCGCUAUAACAUGUCUGCUAUCGUUGCAAACUCGUACGAAAUUGGCAAACCCUUCAUCGCCGUUUCGCUCAACUACCGCCUUUCUGCAUGGGGCUUCUUGAGUUCUCAGGAAGUCGUUGACAGUGGGAACACCAAUAUCGGGCUCAGAGACCAAAGAUUGGCGCUCCAAUGGAUCCAAGAGAAUAUUGCGGCGUUUGGAGGCGACCCGGCCAAAGUCACCAUCUGGGGAGAGUCCGCUGGAGGAAUGUCUGUUGGCUAUCAUCUGACAGCGUACGACGGCAGAGACGAUGGUCUCUUCCGCGGAGCUAUUAUGCAAUCUGGUGGCUCAAUAUCCGUUAGUCCAGCCAGCUACACGGUGUUCCAAGGCUUCUACGAUGAUCUUGUAUCGAAAGUUCAAUGCUCAGACGCUAAAGACACGCUGCAAUGUCUGCGUGAAGUUCCCUUUGAGACGUUGAAUGCCGCGCUCAACGGUACUGGCGGCUUACCCAACUAUAGAUUUGCCCCCGUGGUUGACGGGGAUUUCAUCCCGGAUCGCGGCAGUGUCCUCUUGAAGGAACACAAAUAUGUCAAAGUCCCCAUCAUUGCUGGUACGAACACAGACGAGGGGUCAGUGUUUGGUCCCUCUGGAAUCAAUACCACGGAGCAAUUCUACGAGUACCUCACAGAUGCCAAAUAUGGAGGGACAAUCAAGCUCACUCAUCCAGUAGCAAAGCAAAUCCUACGGCUCUAUCCUGACGACCCGUCCCAAGGUAUCCCUGAGUAUCUUGGAUCCCAACGUGUGCCAUCCAUGGGCUAUCAAUGGCGACGUACAUCUGCCUACGCAGGGGAUGUGAUGAUGCACGCCAUCCGCCGCCGACAAUGUGAAGCGUGGACAGAGACAUCAACGCCGGCGUACUGCUACCGCUUCAAUGUCCACGCGGCAGACGUUCCUCUACUCCUGGGAGCCACCCACUUUGAGGAGGUGGCGUUUGUUUUCAACAACAUCGAGGGACUUGGCUAUCAUGGUGGUAAACCGUUUGACGGCACGCCUGAGUCAUACAAGCAGCUCAGCAAGCUGAUGACGAGCAUGUGGGCUUCAUUCAUCCACGACUUGGAUCCAAACUCGGGCAUCAAGAACUCCCCCGUGCACUGGGAUCCGUACGGCAGAAGAAAGCCAGUCGACUUGCUCUUCGAUGCCAAUGUUACGAGCCACAUGGAGCCCGACACAUGGCGGAAGAAGGGGAUUGACUAUAUCAAUUCCAAGGCUGAUGUUUAUGGGCGAUGA